UUUAUACCAUACUCUCUAUCCUUAUCUCGCACGACCUGAGCCGUACGUAAGCUUUUCCAUUUAGUCCCAGGCUCCUGUGGGACCUUGGGCGUUGUUCGUCUCAGCACAUCUCGAUUUUCCUGAAGCCUCAAGUUCCACGACGCCAGCCACUUUCACCUCAUGCCACGGUGGUUAUCCUCCUACAUUUCCAAGUAUAGCUUAGAAGAACCGCUACCCGCCGAGCGGCAACCCGGAUCAGAAGGGUCCCUAUGCGCCUCGUUCACGACUAAUACGUUAAAAGCCAAUCUCUAUAGCAAGGUUGGGGCGAGCUGUCUCUGGGGUCUUUGAUAAUUCUUAUAUGCUUUAUAACGGUUCUUGAGCAUAUUUUCGAGCCAGUCGCGCUGGUACUACCACGCGACGCACGGAAGAUGCCUAUCAUCAAUGGACAAAAAAUGGCGUGUGAGCCAUGCAUACGAGGGCAUCGAUCCACCAAGUGCGCGCAUUUGGGUGAUCGUAUGUUACUACCUGUGCGAAAGCCGGGUCGACCGUUGAGUACUUGUCCUCACCCGCCGGGCAAGUCGUGCCAAUGCCGGAAUGUAACCGCCGCGCUCCCUAAAGGAGGUUCCUGUCGGUGCGGUGGUAGUCCGUCUACUAAGACUAACGGCACACCAGCCAUCGUCAAGGCCGAGCCUUCGGACAACGCGCCUCAAUCACCUACGAAACAAGCAUCAUUUCGAAUACAGAAGUCGAUAGCAAAGCCAAACCGAAAGCAGUCUGCUGAUGCUUCCGCUUCCGCUUUACAGCGCAUGAAUGCCAACAGUUUAAACUUGAUUGGCGCCAGUAGUCUCUUACCGACAUCUUCCGCGAAUAUCAUCUCCUCUUCCUCUGACUACACCAGUUAUAUCCCGCCCUUACAAAAUGGGAACCACCAGUAUCCCAUUUAUCCACAAAUAGCUUCUCGCCUAGAUAGACCGCUAGACUCCUCUCUCCUUACCCUAAACAACGGUCUGUCAAACAUAUCGUCACCGCAGUCUUCUAGAAACGGAAUCCCGGACCGUUCGAAUAAUUCAACGGUUGGUUCCGAAACGAUGACAUCUGUCACAUCUGGCUCUUCACACCAUACGCCAACUUCAAGUACUGGGGAUUCUUCUCAAGAACCCUCUUUAGACCAGCCUGGGAGCUGCUGUUCUCGAAGGGCACAGCAAUCUCAACCAGUACAAACUCAAAUACAAUUCCAGGGCCAAGCCCAAGCUGGAUCUCAGCAAUCAUCAGGUAUGAUGGGCUAUAUAUCCCAGGUCCCAACGGCCAACGGCUCUAUGACGGCACAAUUUCCGCCACAAGUGUCAGCUGAACAACAAGUAUAUCCUAUGAACCACUUCCAUCAACCAGCUCUAUAUUCGGAGCAGGCUUCGUUUGGGACGUACCACUUCCCGCUACAGCAGUCACAAUGGGAGCAGUUAGUAGGGAACUUAUUGCCUCAGAUUGAACCAAAUGGGGGCGUUCUGGGUUCCUAUACAAGUCACGUAUGUCACUGUGGUCCUGAAUGCGACUGCCUUGGCUGCCCCGCCCACCCGUACAACCAGGCAACAUGCCAGUAUAUUCGAGAUAUCAUGGCUUUCCAGGAAGAGCCUAUAAACGGGAAGGUUGAUACGAAUAGUUCUUCAAUACCGGACCCGCCGCUAGCGGUAGGCGAGGCAUCACCACCGCCGACACAUAGCCCAGCCGAUACGGAGUCACCUGGCGCGAAUGAUUUGAAUUUAUCUCCUAGCGAAUUCCUUUUCGUUGAUUAUGGUCAUGGAAUGUGCGGAUGUGGUGAUGACUGCGCAUGUGUAAAUUGUAUGAUUCACCGAGAUCCUCUGGACGCGAAGAUGCAUGGUGGAACCCAGGACAAUGCCCGAAACUAAGGGAGAAGGAUAAUAUGGCUAUUCCUCUUGCGCAUGGGCUAAUAUCCAACUACACGACUCCUCUCUCAGAUACGAUAAUGUGAUAAAUCAAAUAAUAUCC